GGGUUCCCCUAUCCCCGAGCUGUGUGUGUGGAGAGCUGCGCGCCUACCUUCUUCUCUCCUCACAAAAGCAAAGCCUUUCCCUUCUGUCCUGAACAAUGUUAUUGAAAUAGGCGCUAAAGGAAGGCAGGGCAGUGCCACGCUCAGGAGCAUGACAUAAAGCGCGCAAUGAAGAUGCCAAUGAUGAAGUGAAAGGGCUCCCGUUGUAACGUGCCUGCCUUGCCGAGCCUCCGCCUGCCCAAGUGGCUGCCUGGCGGUGGGAGGAGCCGAGCUGUGUGGCAGGAGAAGCUUGAGGGAGAGUCAGGCUAGGAUGCAGCUGGGGACACAGUGCAUGUGCUGUACGGGAGAACCGAGGAGGCUGAUGCUGCUGAUGCUGCUGCUGCUGCUGCUGGAGACAAUUUGAACCCGACACAUACAAGACAAGGAGCUACAUUUUCCCUCCGACAGGGGAGGUGCUGGAGACUGAAUCCUCCGUUGCCCACUUUGCUCCGCUGUGAUGCUGCUGCUGGGCACGAAACCUUGCCGGAUGGACCUGCUGCUCAUUACUUGCAUCCUGCUCAGCCGAGAAUCUGGUCUGACGUUAGGAUUUAUGUCAAAAGACAAGUUCCGGAAGAUGUCUGAAGGCCAAUCAUCUUUCACUCAGCAGCCACAGGACCAAGUGGUGGUAGCUGGACAACCAGUCAGUCUCCUCUGUGCCAUUCCAGGGUACCAUGGGCUUUUACUCUGGAUAAAGGAUGGACUUGCCAUAGGAGUAGGACGGGAUCUUUCAGGUUAUCCCCGCUAUUCAGUUGGUGGUGAUCAUUUGUCUGGAGAACAUCAUUUAAUGAUUCAACGAGCAGAGCUCCAGGAUGAUGCCAUGUAUGAAUGUCAGGCAAUCCAGGCAGCUAUCAGAUCCCGUCCAGCAAGGCUUACUGUACUAGUUCCUCCUGAUGAUCCAGUAAUUACUGGCGGGCCAGUAAUUAGCAUCCGCGCUGGUGACCCACUAAAUCUAACUUGUCAUGCAGACAACGCAAAGCCAGCAGCUACCAUUACCUGGAUGAAGAAUGGAGAGGUCUUAAAUGGAGCAACAUAUUACAAGACUCUGCUGCGGGAUGGCAAGAGAGAAAGCAUUAUCAGCACACUCUUUGUAUCAUCAUCAGAGAUAGAAAAUGGCCAGACCAUUACAUGUCGUGCCACGAAUAAAGCUGUACCUGGGGGAAAGGAAACAACAGUCACAAUCAACAUCCAACAUCCACCUCUGGUCAAUCUUACAGUAGAGCCGCAACCUGUCCUGGAGGAUAAUGUGGUGAAGUUUCAUUGUGCAGCUAAGGCAAAUCCUGCAGUCACUCAGUAUCGGUGGGCAAAAGGUGGCCAGAUUCUCAAAGAGGUGACAGAAGAGACCUAUGAAACUGUUGUUGACUAUUCCUUCUUUUCUGAGCCAGUAUCCUGUGAGGUGACAAAUGCCUUGGGCAGUACAAAUGUCAGCAGAACUGUGGACGUAUACUUUGGGCCUCGUAUGUCAUCAGAACCAGAAUCUAUUACUGUAGACCUUGGCUCAGAUGCUACAUUUCACUGUGCUUGGAUUGGUAACCCUUCACUCACUAUUGUAUGGAUGAAGCGUGGCUCGGGUGUGGUACUCAGUAAUGAAAACACUUUAACAUUAAGAAAUGUUCGCCAAGAAGAUGCUGGGAAGUAUGUCUGCCGAGCGGUGGUGCCUCGUGUAGGUGCUGGGGAACGAGAUAUCACUCUGACAGUAAAUGGUCCUCCAAUCAUCUCCAGCACACAGACUCAACAUGCACUGCAUGGGGAAAAAGGGCAAAUCAAGUGUUUUAUCCGCAGCACUCCUCCUCCAGACCGAAUAGCCUGGUCAUGGAAAGAGAAUGUUCUAGAAUCUGGGACAUCUGGACGAUAUACUGUAGAGACAGUCAGCACAGAUGAGGGUGUCAUCUCAACUUUGACCAUCAGCAACAUAGUGCGAGCUGACUUUCAAACAAUCUACAACUGUACCGCAUGGAACAGCUUUGGAUCUGACACAGAAAUCAUCCGUCUUAAAGAGCAAGGUCCGAACAUGCAGUCAGGAACAAGUAUGGAACCAGAAUCUGUGCCAGUCACUGUCAUUAUCGGGGUUGCGGUAGGCGCUGGUGUGGCAUUCUUGGUUCUCAUGGCAACCAUUGUUGCAUUUUGCUGUGCACGGAACCAAAGGAAUCUUAAAGGAGUGGUAUCAGCCAAAAAUGACAUACGCGUGGAAAUUGUACACAAAGAACCAUCCUCAGGGAGAGAAACAGAGGACCACUCAACAAUUAAACAACUAAUGAUUGACAGAGGUGAGUUUCAGCAAGACUCAGUCCUUAAACAGUUGGAAGUCCUGAAGGAAGAGGAGAAGGAGUUUCAGAAGGAUCCCACCAAUGGCUAUUACAGUGUCAACACAUUCAAGGACAACUCUACUCCAACUAUUGCUCUCUCCAACUGCCAACAAGAUCUUCGUCCUGCUAACAAGCAGCGAGUUCCCACAGGAAUGUCUUUUACCAACAUUUAUUCCACACUGAGUGGUCAGAACCGUCUAUAUGACUACAGCCAACGUUUUGUCCUGGGGAUGGGUAGCAGUUCCAUUGAGCUUUGUGAGCGUGAGUUCCAGAGGGGCUCCAUGAGUGACAGCAGCUCAUUCCUAGACACUCAAUGUGACAGCAGUGUCAGCAGCAGCGGAAAGCAAGAUGGAUAUGUUCAGUUUGAUAAGUCCAGCAAGGCGUCUGCAUCAUCUUCCCACUACUCACAGUCAUCCUCUCAAAACUCUGACCCAAGCAGGCCACUUCAGAGGCGAAUGCAAACACAUGUGUGAAAUAUACUACCUGGGGCUCUUUAUGAAGGAUAUGGGGAGCAGAGGGAAGGGCAAGGAAACCAAGGUGGGUUGGCACUGGUCCAUAUUGAGGGAAAAGACUUUGAACAUUUUGAAGCCUACAAAAAAGGAACUGGCCUCUGUCUGAAAUAUUUAUUUAGUUUUAUAUUUAUAUGAGGAGAGGAUCUUCCUGUUGUAAAAAGCACUUUGUUCAAUGGAGUACAACAAGCCAUGGUUCCAUUAUUUAGUAGAGUGUUAACAGAAACAUUUUAUAAACUAUUCCCCAAAAUGUAAAUUAUUAAUAAAGUUGAGCUCCUAAUUA